GAUACAAGGAAAGCAGAGGAGACCCCACCAUGGAAAGAGAACGACCAAGCUUACAAAAUACACAAACUGAUGACAAACUUCACCAGCAAUUCAAGCACUUGCAGCGACAAUGGGACUCCAUUAAACACCCAAAACCCAGAACUCUACGUAGAAUCUCAUCACAACCCUCCACCAACAUUGUUACUGCUCUUCGGCUGCUAGAGAACUCCCCGAGAAGUCUCAUGUCAUCACUCCACCAUUGCAGGUCUCCAUCGUCCGAGGAGGAAACAGCAUGGAAGGUGAGCCACAGGGACUUUGCAAUCGAGGAAAUAAUCAGGGAGAGAAAGGCCGCCAUCCAGACCGGAAAGUUGAAGGGACGGCGUCUUUUUGAGGCAGAGAAGGAUGUAACAGAGUUAUCUUCAUUCAGUUCAUCAAUACCAAUAUCAUCAUCAUCGUCUUCUUCGUCUUCUCUGUGUGGUGACCGUGUAGACCAAAAACAGCUUGCUAUGGCGGCUCAGGAAGAGAGGGGAUUUGGUCGUGAUGUGGAUGGUGACAGAGCCAGAUGGGUAGUCGUAAUGGGUUUGUUUCUUAUUGCUCUAAUUGGUAUCAUUUCAAUCAGAUCAUUUUCUGGUGGCCAUGGAGUUGCAGAAGUGAUUCUAGUCCCAACAUGAUCCUGUUUUUCCAACUUUUAUUUUGACGAACUCGUUUCUUUUCUUGUUUUGUCAAGGGAUGUAUAUGUCUGUUGCUAUUUGGGCUGAUAAUCCUGAUUGUUAACUGAAGAAACUUGAUAUUUGGGCUGAUAAAUUGACUUGCUGAUGUUAUGAUGAA